AUGCAAGAAGUUGAAAUACUGGUGGAUCACCUGAAUGUCCGACACUUUCUGGACGUCCUCAAAUCCACCGGUGUAGGUGGAUCCCAUGAUGACAAAGACACCUAUGGUGUUUUCGUCAACAUUGCGUCUGACCAGGUCAUAGUCCAACAGAAAGUCUGUCUCAGAAACAGUAAUAAUACGGGCCUCCACGUCGAAAUAGCGGGCAAACUUCUCCAAAGCCACCUGGCAGCACGAGGCCAUCAGGAUGUUGGGAUGGUACGGAUCCUUGCCCUGGGCUUUGCGCCGGGCCUGCCAGUUCUUCUUCAUAGCCAAUCCUCCGAGCAUGAUAGCCUCGGACGACCCCGUGCACGCUGUGCCCAGAGCAGCGUUCUGGACGUCCACGGGAGCGUGCCACAGGUCGGCCAGAAUCGAAAUACACCGCUGCUGGAUAUCAAUCAACAUCGGGUACUCGUCGUUAUCGGCCAGAUUCUUGGUGAGGUUCUCCAUGAUGAGCUUCUCGGCGUCCUCCUCAAGAUGGGUGUUGACGAAGGAGGCCAAGUUCAGCUCCGUGUUGCCGUCAAGACUCAAUCCGUCGUGCAGAAUGUCGCUGUUGCCCAGCUGCUUGGUCUCGUCCUCGAUCGGAGUCAUGGUUGGGAACGGAUACGUGGUCUGUGUGUUGCCCGCACCCAGGGCGCUGAUCGAGGUCAUCGAGGCAGUGGCAGAUGGCGCGGUGUAUGGAGAUGGAGGCUGGUCAGGAACCGGGUCUGUUCCGCCAGAAACAGCAGAGUUUCUUCUGCUCUUGACCGUGGCACCUUUACGGUUCUUCAAAGCGUCCUCUGCAGCAACAGCUCCCAGCAUGGCAGCACCAAACACAACAGAAGCGUCGAUGUAUCUUGGAAUCACGAUUGGAAGACCCGUGCAGUCGGCAAGCAGUCUCAUCAAGAGUCCGUUACGGCACUGGCCUCCACUCAUGAAAAUGGCAUUAAUCUUGUAGCCGGCAGCCUCCAUCUUCUCGAUGAUGUGUCUUGUUUGUUGACCAAUGAACUCGCACGCAGCAAGAUACUCCACAGCAAGGGCGUCCAAGGAAACGUCCAUGCUCUGGCCAAUAAUAGAGGCCCUCAUUGUAGGGUCGGCAAUUGGCGAUCUAUUGCCGUGGAAAUCGCCGUAAAAGAACAGGUUCUUGGCCAACGCAACAACAGACCGCUCCUUGGUGGACUUCUUGAGCAUCUCCAGUCUCGUGUUGAGGUAAUCAAAUCUGGAAGCUCCCGAAGCCUCAGAUGCAACACCCAGUUCAGUAUAGGCAGGAUGGGUGGACAGAACGUGUGCCAAAAGCGCACCUGUGCAGGACUGGCCUCCUUCGGCCAGCCAGAAACCCUUGGCCAUCACGUCUCUAUAUGGACCCCAAACUCCUUCCACAAAGAUCGCCUUGUCGUCCAAACAGAUAUGGCAGGUGGACGUACCAGCCACGGCAGCCAGUCUUCCGGUGGCCUUGGCCAUACCCCUAAGGUUCUUGUCCUGCUCAACAAGAUCUGGAAUUGGGGUCUCGGUCUGGGCAGCAACCGUACCAAUCCAGCCGGCGUAGGCGUCAAUGACACCCGAUCCGACGUAGCAGUCGGUUGUCAGUCCCAAUGCCUCUGCUGCGGCCUCGGUCAGACUUCCAACGGUUUCUCCUGCAGACAAGUACUUGCCGUUGAUGCCUGGAGCACCGCCCAGUCUUCUGAAAUUGUCCUCCACCAGUUCUGGCAGAUCAACCUUGUUCAGGAAAUCGGACGACCAACCGUUUCUAUUGGUGAUUCCCUCCGGGAUGAAACCUUGUUUACAAACAGUGCUGCAGAACGAUCUGGUUUCGGAGCCGGUUGCUUUGUGAGUGAGGAAAUCGGCCAGAUCGUAGAACUUGCACUGGUUGAACAAAGACUCUCCGUCGGAGUCCUUUGGCAGAUGGUUCUUGAGCCACUUCAUCUUUGGCAGCUCCAUCUCAAUGGACAUUUUGCCACCAACGUACUUCAAGCACUCGUCGUGGGUGGCGUUGAUCUCGUUCACCUCGGUCUCUGCUCUGUGGUCCAUCCACAAGAUGAUGUCCUCGAGGUUGUCGUCGAAAUCAGGACCCACAGCCAUUGGCUCGUCGAGAAAACGGUCUGGGAAGAAAACUGGGGCCAACAGCGUCCAGAUGUACAGUCCGUAGCACAUCCAGGAGCUGGUGACCUUCAUUCCGAAGUUGAAGUACGUUCUUCCGACCGGCACAAACGUUCCUGGGCCCUGAUCCACGUUAACGUUGACUGUGAGCAACGAAGCUAUGUACUGCGUAGCCAGGAAGAAGAUCCAGUGGAACAGCACGUAGUUGUAUUUGAUGCUGGUUUGUUCUUCGCCGAGAUCGUCUUCGGAGUCCUCGAACGUGAGCAGCAGGUUCAGCGUGAUGGCGAACGUGUUGAGGCCGCAUCCGGAGCGCGAGAAGUAAGUCAAUCCCGUGAGCACGACGAACGACGCCAAUUUCAGCAUCCAGUACCCGUUUUGGAUGGCUGCGCGCGGGUUGGCGGUCGACCUCACUCCAAUCAGCAAUCCAGCAAGAACAAGAUGCAUCACUCCAAGCGAGAGGGUGAUCCGUUGCACGUUCGUGAACCCAACACAGCCGUGUUCUUUGCAAUACUGGUUGCCGUACUUGAACAGCCCCCACGUCCACUUCUCCACGAGGGCCGUCAGCGAGUGGCUCUGGCCGACCCAGGCCAGAAUAGACACCAAUAG